CGCAGGCUGACGGCGUCGCCCUUUGGGGGCUUUGAUCUGCAUUUGCAGGCGGAGCGUCUCUUGCUCUUGGUUGCACGGAACGGGACUGGAUCAAUACUGCUAGGUUCGGACCUCAUAAAUAGCCAGAGGAGGGACUGGCGUUCAGAUCCGCAUGGACGACCACGGAUCGGGACCCCUAGCGGCUCCUUAACUGUCCUCACUGUCGAGGAAGGAAGACAAGUUUGGUUUGCAUCUGUAGAUGCAGAAGCAUUUUCCUUGACAGUUGCAUUGAGACAUCAGAGGACAGCUCAGCGAUGAUAACACUGACCGUCUGGGCAUGCCUGACCUGGAUCUGCCAAGGGAGACCUCAGUUUCCUGAACACGAGCGAAAUCCCUCGUACUGGAAUGCGGAGGCUCAGCGCAGGCUGCAACAUGCCCUGACCACAGAGGAACUCAACAAGAACGUCGCCAAGAACCUCAUCCUGUUUCUCGGAGAUGGAAUGGGCAUCCCCACGGUAACAGCGGCCCGUAUCCUGAAGGGUCAGCUUGGUGGUCAAAGUGGGGAGGAGACGCAACUGGAGAUGGACAAGUUCCCCUAUGUAGCACUUGCCAAGACGUACAACACCAACGCCCAGGUGGCGGACAGCGCUGGCACUGCCACGGCCUUCCUGUGCGGCGUGAAGGCGAACGAGGGCACAGUCGGCGUGAGCGCGGCAGCCGUGCGCGGCCAGUGCAACACGACCGCUGGGAACGAGGUCACGUCCAUCCUCAAGUGGGCCAAAGAUGCAGGCAAGUCAGUGGGGAUCGUGACAACGACACGCGUGAACCAUGCCACGCCAAGCGCAGCCUAUGCACACUGUGUGGACCGCGAAUGGCUCUCGGACAGCGACAUGCCCCUGGAAGCCAUUCAGGCAGGCUGUAAGGACAUCGCACUGCAGCUGUUUGAGAACAUCCCCAAUAUUGAUGUUGUAAUGGGUGGUGGACGAAAAUACAUGUUGCCCAAGAACACCUCAGACGCAGAGUAUCCCAGAGAGCGGAGGCACGUGGGAACACGACGAGAUGGCCGGAACUUGGUGGAGGAGUGGAAGAGCAGGGUUAAAAACACGAGAGGCCAUUAUGUAUGGAACCGAAAAGACUUCUUGGCCCUGAAUCCAAACAAUGUGGACUAUAUCUUGGGUCUCUUUGAACCGGGAGACUUGCCCUAUGACUUGGAGAGAAACACAGAGAAAGAUCCCUCUCUAACUGAAAUGGUGGAUUUUGCCAUUAAAGUCCUGAGGAAAAAUCCUCAAGGUUUCUAUCUUCUGGUUGAAGGCGGGCGCAUUGACCACGGGCAUCAUGAGGGGAAAGCCAAGCAGGCCCUUCACGAGGCCGUCGAGAUGGACCGGGCCAUUCAGCGGGCCGGACUCCUGACCAGCCGGCACGACACGCUGACCGUGGUCACGGCCGACCACUCGCACGUCUUCAACUUCGGGGGUUACACGGCACGGGGGAACCCCAUCUUCGGCCUGGCUCCCAUGCUGAGUGAUGUGGACCAGAAGCCAUUCACCUCAAUUCUCUACGGAAACGGCCCGGGAUACAAGUUAGUGAACGGUGGGAGAGAGAACCUCUCCACCAUUGACUACAAUCAGAACAACUACCAGGCUCAGGCUGCGGUGCCCCUGCGCAUGGAGACCCACGGAGGAGAGGAUGUAGCGGUCUUCUCCAAGGGUCCCAUGGCCCACCUCCUGCACGGUGUCAAGGAGCAGAACUACAUCCCACAUGUCAUGGCCUACGCCGCCUGCAUCGGCCAGAACAAGCAGCACUGCGUCUCGGCCAGGAACCAGGCCCCCCAGCUUCCCGCGGCUCUGCUGGGCUGGCUGGCAGUCCUGGUACUCGCCCGCCUACUGUGGUGACGUCCCUGUCACUUUAAGGGAUCGGGCGAGCAUCUAUGAACUCCCAGCAAGCACCUCACCAGGUCUCAGUUUAAAAGAAGGAAAGAAGAAAUCCUUAGGAAUCCAGGCGGCUUUAUGGGACAUAAAACAUUACAUACAGGAAUAUGUCCUUUGGGAUUCUUAGGACAAGCUAUGCGGCCAUCCUGAGGUACAGGGCAGAAUCAUGGCUUAGCGUUUGGGUGUUAAUUGAAAGAUACUAUUGUGUCCAUAAGAUUUCUGCAUUAGACUAAGAUAAAAGGACAUGUCUGUGUGAAGGCUGGAGAUCUAUCCUUGUGGUAGGACAUUGUGGAACAUUUGAGUGUCUUUUAAUACUGCUGUCACACAAAUUGUUCAAAUCAUUCUUUGAAGUAUUUUGCAGUUAUUGUCCUUUCACGAUAGAAUGGCCAAAAUCCAUGAAAUUCCUGAUAUUCCUGUUCAUCUGCUAAGAGUGAAAUGACAUUCCAUUGGUGGAAACUCAUCCAAGGCCCCGGGGGGAGGGGGGGGUGCUGUGAGCCUCUAGGUGAUUAAUUAAUUAUGCAUAAUAUCACAUGUAACAUUUCAGGAAAAUAAACACAUUGAGAUACA